AUGGCCUUUUUAUCAGAAGACGCCGAUACAUCGUCUAACUACGAUGACUACGAUGACUACGAUGGUGUCUUCGAAGGAGUAGAAAAUAACUUCAUUCAAGCCGGUGGUGUCUUCGAAGGAGAAGAAAAUUACAUUCAAACCGGUGACGUCUUUGAAGGACAUGAAAACAUCAACAUUCGAGAUGUGGAUGCUAACGUAGCUGGAGACCUUGUCACUAGCACUGUGCUGAGAACAUUCCACAUCUGCUUCCUGAAGACUCCUGAGGUUAUAAACAACACAAUGGACUGGAAGCUGGUGCUGACUGUUUUGUGUCUGACUGCAGUGACCAACACCUCUACAAUCAACACCUCUACAACCAACACUUCUACAACCAACACCUACUCAACCACCAGCGCACCUACAACCAACUCUACAAAAAACACAACUUCAUCAAACACAACUUCAGCAAAGACAACUUCAACCACCACAACUACAGCAAACACAACUACAGCAAACACAACUUCAACCACCACAACUUCAACUACCACAACUUCAGCAAACACAACUACAAAUACCACAACUUCAACUACCACAACUUCAGAAAACGCAACUUCAACCACCCCAACUUCAGCAAACACAACUUCAGCAAACACAACUUCAGUAAACACAACUUCAGCAAACACAACUUCAUCUACCACAACUACAGCAAACACAACUUCAGCAAACUCAACCACAAACACAGCUCCAGUAGCUGCAGUAUACAGCUUGGUCUUUAGCAUCAACGAAACCUUUGUUUCAGCACUGGCUGAUAAGAACUCUCCAGAGUUUGCACAAAAAUCUGGAUCCAUCUGUAACCAGGUCUAA